AUGGAACAGUUGUAUUCCAUAUCGUAUAUUGCAAGUCCUGCCAAAAUAAUCGAACCUCCCACAAACGUCAAAGUGGUGGCGGGCGAAACAGCCCUGUUCUUCUGUCGGGCAACGGGGAAUCCAGCACCAACUGUGAAUUUCUUGCUGGACCGGACAAUCAGUCAUUCAAGGUUGCGUGUAGGGGUCAAUAUCCCGGACGGAAGUUUAUUACGUCUGACUAAAACAACAACAGAGCAGAAUGGGAUGCAAGUCCAGUGUGUUGCCAGAAACCAUGUUGGCGGGGACAGUGCGAUUGCACAUCUGACUGUGUAUGAUGUGAAUUCAGAUUUACCCCAAGGUUAUCCGAUUCUCCAUUCCCCUCCCAAACCAACGUCUGCUACAAUCGGUGACGUUGCACAGCUCGAAUGUGAGGUGAGCGGUAAUCCGCAACCAGAAGUCGUUUGGAUUAAAAACGAAAUACCCAUCCCAACAAACGGACCUCGGAUUUCGAUAGCUGGUAGCGGAUCAUUACGUUUUGAACAUCUCCUUUUGUCAGAUGAAGGUCACUACGAGUGUCUGGUGACCAACGCCCUCGGUUCCGUUCUCAGCUCUAAGGCUUUCUUAGGAGUUAAAAAAUCUAUGGAUAAUACAAAUGAAAGCAAGAUGGUCUUUUAUUGGAAAUCGCAAACUGAACAGUUACAGACUGUUGGACAGGGAAGCAAAACUCUCAUAUGCAUAUUGUCCUCUCGAACGCGUCUUCCCGAACUUUCUGGGAUACUGAUUGGCUAUUACUCAAACGAAUCUUACAAAGCGAUUUUACAAAUUCCUAGUAUCCACCGUUACACAGACACCUACUUUGAUCCAAGAAUAAUUGACAAAACCGAUCAGGUUCGUGUCAGACCUGGACAAGGCGCAAAUCUAACUUGCCGAGCUACUGGCAAUCCCAUUCCCUCUACAAGAUGGCUUACCGACAGCGAGAAUCCAAUCACUGAGUCAGUCGAAGGAGUUGCUACGUUGUUUCUGACUGACGUCACAGGACCAGCACGCUAUAUAUGCGAAGCCAAUAACAGUCUUGGUACCGUCCAGCAUCCGGUCCGAAUUUAUCUUCGUUCUUUGCAACAGAAACGCAACCUAAUUAGAUACCUGACUGAGAGUGCAAUGAAAAUAUGCUCGCCCGACUGCUUAGAAGAGGAACUUAAGUUCUUGGGACGCACAUUCCUGCAGAACGGAUAUUCUGAAAGGUUCACUAUCAAGACUAUGCACUCCGUUAAGCCCGAACCUACACAAUAUUCUGUUAGGAAGAAGCAAGUAUACAUAAGGCUUCCAUUCAAACCCCACUAUCAAAAUCUGCUUGAAGGACAAAUCGCCACAUUCUACCACCAGCUUUUGUGUGUACUCAUCUGUAUGCUCGUGCCGAGCAUCAUGCGUUGGUCGUACGAUAAGGCAUUUGUCGGACAGAAUGCGAGAACACAAUCCCGUAUCUCUGAGUGGCAGUUGGAAGAAACCAGGCUCAAGCGCGAUUGCAUCACAUCUGGCCGAAACAGACAAGGAGCAAGCCUUCACCAUCAUAUACCGGGUAUCUCUGAACCGAUCAAGACUGGUACGAUCCAGCCUACUAUCGAUCGCAGAGGUGAUUGGAAUCCGACCGCUGGAUCUGCAACAUUGCAUCCAAAAGAAACUUGUGCGACCUCUGAACUUGAACUGGCCUACGAAACAUCCGGUCCCACAAAUGUGCCACCACCACCACUAAACCUUAAGUGUUUAGAAGAGGGAGCGUUCCAUGCAUUUUUACAGUGGUAUCCCCCGGACUUUUCUCGUAAACCCUCGUUCAAAGGACAAGAAAAGCCAACAAUUGAUUCCUACACGUUGUUCCUUACGGAGUCUAAUGGAACUCACGGCACUGUUGCCAAAAGGCAACUAACUGAUAUUGCCUCCAAACAGUUUCAUCCAGACGGCGCCCUGCAGUACAAGGUUGUAGACCUUAAACCCUACACACAAUACUCGGCUGAGGUGGUUGCUGUGAGUCAUACACACGGUAUGUCGGAUCCAAGCAACACGGCCUUCUUCACAACUGCUGAAUUUGCACCCUCUUCCGCACCGCUCAUGGUUAGUGCAGUGGCACUAUUGGACGAUACAGUAGAUGUCACCUGGCACCCUCCAAAGAACGCAAAUGGGAAAAUCACGAUUAUUGUGCGUAUGCACCAUCGGAUAUGGGAUCAUCAACUGACAUCCUCUUAUCCUAUUCUUGUAGCACCCUCUUCCGCACCGCUCAUGGUUAGUGCAGUGGCACUAUUGGACGAUACAGUAGAUGUCACCUGGCACCCUCCAAAGAACGCAAAUGGGAAAAUCA